UUGCCCAGGCUAGCCCCGCACUUUUGGAUAAGGUCUUUGCCGGGCUUUUUUAUAGCAUGGCCCAGGCCCAAGUCCGGCUAAAAACCUCGUCGGAGAUAAGUGCUGCUCAACGUCGUGGUGAUGCGAUCAUAACCACGAAGAAAUAUGCUGCUGCAUCGAAUCGCCAAAAGCCAAAUGAGAAACACACGAGAAAAAUAGAGGAAGAACAGGAGAGCUUUCAUAUUGAACAUGUAUCUGCUGACGUUGGCAAAGCGAUUAUGCAGGCCCGACAAGCGAAAGGACUUACGCAAAAGGAUCUUGCCACUAAGAUUAACGAAAAACCCCAGAUUGUAAGUGAUUAUGAAACCGGAAAGGGAGUGAAAAAUCAAAAUGUUCUAGCGAAAAUGGAAAAAGUACUUGGCGUCAAACUUCGAGGUAAAGAAGUCGGGUAUCCUCUUGUUCCGCCUAAAAAGUAA